UCGCUCUCCCACUCCCAUAAAUGCAGUGACACUUGCAUUCUGUGUGUGCAUGCUUGUGUGACAGAGAGAGAUAGUCGAAAUAGAAAGUGAGAGCGGGAGGGAGAGUGAAGGAGCAAAAGGGAAUGCUUGUCACUGAGGGGCAGUGAAAAAGGAAUAAGGAAAUUGAAGUAGCCGCCAUAUGCUGUGGAUUUUUAUGAAUGUCUUCCUGAAGUGAAUAUUAUUUUUUGGGAAAAAAGAUGGGAAGCUCGCAUUUUCUGAACAAAGGCUUGCCUUUAGGCAUUCGGCCGCCCAUCAUGAAUGGGCCCAUGAACCCUCGGCCCCUGGUGGCCCUGCUGGACGGGCGUGACUGCACCAUAGAGAUGCCCAUCCUGAAAGACGUGGCCACUGUGGCCUUCUGUGAUGCCCAGUCCACCCAGGAGAUCCAUGAGAAGGUACUGAACGAGGCUGUAGGAGCUCUGAUGUACCACACCAUCACGCUAAUGAGGGAGGACCUGGAGAAAUUCAAGGCACUUCGGAUCAUCGUCCGCAUAGGCAGCGGCUUCGACAAUAUCGACAUCAAGUCGGCUGGAGAUUUAGGGAUAGCAGUGUGUAACAUGCCAGCAGCGUCGGUGGAGGAGACAGCGGACUCCACACUGUGUCACAUCCUGAACUUGUACAGACGAACCACGUGGCUCCACCAGGCACUGCGCGAGGGCACUAGUGUACAGAGCGUGGAGCAGAUCAGAGAGGUGGCGUCCGGGGCGGCGCGGAUCCGCGGGGAGACACUUGGCAUCAUCGGCCUCGGUCGUGUUGGCCAGGGUGUAGCACUGAGAGCCAAAGCCUUUGGGUUCAACGUGAUCUUCUACGACCCAUACCUGUCUGACGGGGUGGAGCGAGCCCUGGGCCUGCAGCGCGUCAACACCCUCCAGGACCUGCUUUUCCACAGCGACUGUGUCACCCUCCACUGCAGCCUCAAUGAGCACAACCACCACCUCAUCAAUGACUUCACCAUCAAACAGAUGCGCCAGGGUGCGUUCCUGGUUAACACGACCAGAGGGGGGCUGGUUGAUGAGAAGGCUCUGGCACAGGCCCUGAAAGAGGGGAGGAUACGAGGGGCGGCCCUGGACGUCCACGAGACAGAGCCCUUCGGCUUCAGCCAGGGACCUCUGAAAGAUGCUCCUAACCUGAUAUGUACUCCCCAUGCUGCCUGGUACAGUGAACAGGCUUCUAUUGAGAUGAGAGAGGAGGCAGCCCGGGAGAUCCGACGAGCCAUUUCAGGUCAUAUUCCAGACAGCCUAAAGAACUGUGUGAAUAAAGAGUUCCUGUCCCAGACUACUCACUGGGUCAAUAUGGACCCUGCUGUCAUUCAUCCUGAGCUCAAUGGGGCCUAUAGAUGUCUGACCGUUGAAGAUUGCUCUCCAAAGCAAGGAAUCUAGACUUAUGGAAAGCCUUCCAACGUCCAAGUGCCACCUCUCCAAGCGGGAUGUGAGGAGAUCAAACAGCUGCGGCAGGUUGAAGGCUUUGGUCCUCUGGAGGAUUUUGUCUUUCAGGACUCUCAUGGCAGCUUUCACGUAGUUGUUGGUAUCAUUCCCACGGGUAAGCAUGUCCUCUCUGAAACUCAGGGCCCAACACUCCCUACGACCAUAGAGUUCUCCAGGUAAGACAGGAAUUUGCUGUACUUACAACUGGCAUGUAUUGCCUCACUGUUAACAUUUGUGUGGGUAAAACAAUUAUGUCUGUGAAUACUAGUAUUGAAGAGUUCACUUUUGUUACAUAAUGUGAGGACAAUUAAUGUCUUGUUCUUCUACACUGAACACUGACAUAACUUUACUCUACACUGACCUGACUGCAACUGGGUUGACAACGGCCAGAUGAUGGAGUUGUUUCACCUUGUCCAUAUCCCUAGCGUAAAGCAUGUCCUUGACAAUGCUUUGGAGGGCCUGCCUGUCCUUCAUCUCAAUGCCAUGUUCUUUGCUCCAUAGCCACCUCCAGACUGCUUGGAUCAGGUGAAAAACACAGGAGGGGGGUUGCCUCCGGGAAGGCCUAAUGCUCCUCUCUCUGCCUUGCAGUCGUCGGAUAGAAGAAGACGAGGCCCUGCCUGACCUCUCCCAGCAAAUGCGUCCUCCGCCAAUAUCUCCUUCAUGAGCUGAAGGCCCUCAAAUUGUGGCCUCGUCUUCUGACUGGGCGAAGAUGAUCCCAAGAGGAAGACCACCUGCACAUGUGUGUGUCAAUAGUAAAAACACUGCAGUUCUCUUUCCAUGUUUCCGGAUUAAUCUAUGAAACAUAGCUCCCCACUGUGUUUGAGCUGAUAGACCCACUUCAUAAGGGGGGAGCAUAUGGCCAUUAUAGGAGUUCCACCGCAAAAUGUUGCUAUCUUAGCACAGGUGUUGCUGCAUUUUAGAUUGUACUCCUCUAUCUGCCUCUCUAGUGCUGACAUCAUGAAGGGCCACUCUGCUCUCUUUCCUAAAGACUUUCUGAUACAAUCUGUGCCAAAUACAUGGUGAAAAUGUCAAAUAAACCUAGUCUCUAAAAAUA